AUGGUGUUCGCACGCGCGCGCGGCGACGCGGCGGAGAGCCAACCAUUGGUUCGCCCGAGCGCGAACGAGGACGUCGAGCGCGGACGAGGGCGGGAUCGAGAGAGCGCUCGUUUGUGUCGAUCGAGGACGGCGAAGUAUGGCGCGGCGUUCGUCGCGCUCGCGGCGCUGGCGGGGGUGAUGAUCGCGGGGGAUAAGUUUCCGAAGGAGUUGAUCCCGGGUUCGCUCGCGCAGCGCGUCGCGAGGGCGAUGCGAGAUCGGGCGAAGGACGAGGGCACGCGAUCACAGCUGAGCGCGACGAACGUGUUCGAUGAUUUUUGUCGAGCAAUCGACGUGAAGGGGGCGUGUGAGGACGUAACGAGGGCGAGAGAUGGGUUGAAGACAGUGAGCGAUGAAACGUUCGAGGCGUUGGUGCACAAGGCAAGGGAGAUGAAGAAGGACGAGAGCAAGCUGGACGGGGCGGCGUUUCUGGGAGCGUAUGACGUCGUCAUGACAGGUGUCGUGCACGAGCCUCGAACGCUGGUGAGGCUCGUCCCUGAGUGGUCGACGGCGGGACUCGGCUUCAGUGAUACGAGCCCGAGUGACGACAUCGCGGCCAAAAAGCUAAGCGUGUUCGUCGCGGACAUCUUUCCCGUGCUUCGAAGGUAUCCGGACUGGGACAUGUCGGAUACGAACGCGAUCCGAUACCUCACCAGGCACAUUAACGAAGCCACGCUGAGCGGCGACGAGAGCAAGUGGGGAGACUUCAUGCUUUCUGGCGCAACGGCAUCGCUCUCCAAGAGUGAGAAGGGGCAAAAAGAUAGCUUCGGCGUUCUGCCGCCAAAGGAACUUGACCGCAAGCUCACGCUUUCACCAUACGCUUCGUCGGACGAAACGCACGGCGCUCACCCAUUCGAUCGAAAGGCCGUUGGUCUGGGAAGGGUGAAGUGGGAUGCUCUGAAACAUAGUCUACCUCGCCACUUUGACGCUCGUGACGAGUAUCCCAAGUGCGCGCGGCUUAUAGGAACAGUGAGAGAUCAAGGCAAAUGUGGGUCUUGCUGGGCCGUGGCGGCGACGGAGAUCAUGAACGAUCGUCUGUGCAUCUCAAGCGGUGGUAAAGAAGUGGCUGAGCUCUCGCCGCAGUUUGCGCUCUCCUGUUACAAUAGCGGUGCUGGUUGCGAAGGCGGCGACGUAGUCGAUACUUUAACGCUCGCGCUUGCGAAAGGUGUUCCGCACGGCGGUAUGUUAGACAAGGGUGCGUGUUUACCGUACCAGUUCGAGCCGUGCGACCACCCUUGCAUGAUUCCUGGAACUUCGCCGGAAGCGUGCCCGGCGACGUGCGCGGAUGGCUCAAAGUUUCAGCUCGUGUACCCGAAGAAUCUCCCUUACACGUGCCCGCCGGAUGAUAUCGCGUGCAUUGCGAAGGAAAUCAAAAAUCGCGGCUCCGUUGCGGUAACUUUCGGACCCGUGCACGAGGACUUUUACGGACAUAAGGAGGGUGUCUACAAGGUAACAGAAUCGUCCGGAAGAGAGUUGGGCAAUCACGCCACGAAACUCAUCGGUUGGGGUGUCACGCAGGAAGGUGAUCACUACUGGAUCAUGGUGAACUCUUGGCGAAACUGGGGCGAAAAUGGUGUCGGCAAGGUUCGCAUGGGUGAGAUGAGCAUAGAGUCCGGCGUCGCGGCUGUAGAAAUGUGA